AUGGCGGCCUACAAUGCAAAUGGCGGCUCGCGCAGUCGCAGUAUCCUCAGCGCCUUGGCGGCGACGGAGAUGCUCGACACCCGGUCAAAGCUGCCUGCAGAAUUACUAGUUGCGGUACUCGACUACCUACCCGUCGCCGAUCAGAUGCGAGUGGCUCGAACGUCUCGCCGCAUGCAAGAAAUGGUCUACGAGGAUCCACGAUGGGUGUCUCGUCUGAAGAGCAUGGGCUGCUGGAACGAAAGAGAGGCGAGACAGCGGUUCGAAGACACUGUUCGGCGCCGUCGCGAGCAAGCUGCUGCCCAGGCUGCUGCGCAAGACGGUGCCAACAAGCAAGCUAGCACCACCCUGUUCGAUGCCUCAACCGAAGAGCAACGACGCAAGCGAGCGGUGUCGGAGCUACGAGAUGGGUUCGAGACCAUGACGGUCGGAGGUCCCGCGUCCGAUACCAGUCCCGAGGGACAAGCUACCUAUCUGGAGGUGUUUAAGAAUGUCAAAAGCAUCCGAGGAGGAGCCAGGCAAGAAUACGGCAAAGUCUACGGCGCCCUGGCGCCCUUUUACUUUGACAUUGUCAAGGCCAAGACCCAUGCGGAGCCAAUCGUCUUCAAGGCGUUCAGAGACCCCGAGACCCAAGCACAAAUGCUGGCAAACCUGCACAAGUUUGCCAAGAGCGACUGGACGUCCGGAUGCAUAGCGAGAGAAGCAAAACUGAACUCCAUGAUGACCAUCUUUGAGAAUGCAGUUGUGCGGGAGUUUGAGCAGGGAUACGAAUUUUGGGAUGUGGACGGCAGAAUGCGUCGGUUUGGCCAUGUGCUCCAUGCUCUCAAUGGAGCCAAGAGUGCCAUUGACAUCUUUAUUCGCAAGCACCCCAUCUUCAAUGACACGGAAAUGAAUUUCAACCCCAUAGAGUGCAUCAAUCGUGGACAAGGGGCCGAUGAUGUGUCACUGACGCCGGCACAGCUGUUCUUUGAAAGACUGCUGCUCAAAGUCAACGAACAGGCCGGCGUGAUUGAGCGUAUCUUUCCCGAUGCUGAGCAGGUAUUCUGGGAGCUUGUGGACAAGGUUCGCGAAGACAUCAUCACCGAAUACACGACACCACUGUUCGACGAGUGCCACGAGCGGUCAGUGGCCAUGUAUUUGAAGGCGGUAUCAGGUGUAUUUGAGCAGACUAUGCGUUUCUUCCGAUCACUGAAGUCACCCGGUGCGACGGAGGAAAAGAUUCGCGACAUGGCGAAGGUGAUGGCUCUACGCGUAUUCGAGCCCCAUCUGGACUUGUACUUGCAAGAAGAGCUGGAAUAUUUUACCAAAAAGGCGGAGGAGCUCGUUUCGCAAUGGGAAAAGAAGCUAUCGGAGCAGGACUCGUCGCUCGAGUCGUACUACAUGUCCAAUAUUAACCGAUCGGCAGAAAAGAAGGAUUUUCUGAGCUCCUUUCGAAAAGUGGUCAUGAUGCCCGUCACGGCACUCCCCGGCAUGGGAUUUUCGUCCACAGGCAGUGCCAAUGUCUCUACUGCAGCUACGCCCAUGCCUUCGCGGCCCGAGACGCCGAGCCUGGGUCGCAACAGUCCUAUCCCAGGAGCCAAGGCGCCGACAGACGAGCUCGCCGCCAAGGCAGCCAUCAUGGCCUCGAAGCUGGAAGGCAUCAAGUCGCUCUGCAGCAUCGAGGUGGCGCUGAGCCUGGUGCAAACGGCCAAGACGAGCCUGGGCCGGGCGUCGCUGCUGAUACCCCUCGGCGGGCAGGUGGGCGGCGAGGCCAAGGAGCAGUGCUCGACCAUUUUCGUCGUGCUGCUGCGCAUCCUCGGCCAGCGGCACGUCAAGCACGGGUUCGACCUGGCCGUCGGGCACCUGUCGCAGUACAACCCGCGGGACGUGAGCCACGGCAGCAGCGGCGGCGGUGAGAAGAGCGGCGGCGGCGACGGCGUGGCGCCGCUGGUGACGUUUAUCGAGCUGGUCAACGUGGGCGACCUCAUCUCACAGAUGAUUGACGUGUUUUACGAGCAGCAGCUGGCGACGCCGCGGAUCGCGGACCGCAACGACUUUCUCGAUCCGGCCAACAUGGCCAAGAAGAAGUUUGAGCAGAUGCUCGACGAGUCCGUCGCCGCGGGCCUCAACAAGGGCAUCGACGUGCUCAUGGACGAGGUCGAGUACCUGCAGGCGACGAUGCAGGCGCCCACCGACUACAACCCGCUGCCUGCGGCGCCGACGGAGAAGACGGCGAGCAUCCUCGGCGGCGCCGGCGUCGACAUUGGCCCCACGCCCACGGCGACGCGCAUCGUCGCGCUCGUGUCCGGCCACACGAGCAUGCUCGUCGGCACGACGGAGAAGUCGAUGCUCGACGUCUUCAACGGCGAGGUCGGCCAGCGCCUCUUCACCGCCAUCUGCAAGCACCUCAAGCGGCAGCGCGUCAGCGUCGACGGCGCCGUCAAGCUCAUUGCCGACAUGAACCUGUACUUUGAGUACGUCCGCACCCUGCGCAUCCAGGACCUGCUGCCGUACUUUAAAGCCCUGCGCGAGCUCAGCCAGAUCUACCUCAUCGACCCCGCGCACGCAAAGGAGAUGGCGACGGUCAUUGCCGACGGGGACCGCUUCAGCGGCGUCUUCCGCGCCGAGGAGGUGUACGAGUACGCGCAGCGCCGCGCCGACUGGUACCAGGUGAGAAAGGCCGUCGAGAGGGCCAUGUACGGAAUGGACUGCUGCGUCAUGUAA